UAAUAAUAUCAAAUGGAUUACAAUAUGAAAUUCGUAGAAUUAUUGAAGAAACACGAGAAUCAUUAGAUGAUACUCCAAGUGUCCUUGGAUGUGAUGCUCCAAGAGAAGAAUUACAAAAGUCAACUAAUCAAAUAUCGGGAUGAAUUGAGAAGAGAAGAUAAAAUUUUGGUUACCAAAUGCACCAAAGCCUUGAAAGAAUUGGCUAUGAGAUCACAGCAAGAUCAAGCGAAAGCAUUGGAGAAAAUAAGUAAAAUCGACCAACAGAUUAUGCUUUAUCUAAAGGAUUAAGUAUUACCUAUCAUCCACUUUGACAGAAAGUUAAACAAUUACACUUUUAUAAAGUACUACACAGAUCCAGGUAUUGUAUUUGAACUUAUUAUAGAAAAUUCAAUCAAUCCACAAGAGACCAUUAUUGAGACACAAUACAAGGAAAAUACUAAUUUAGAAUCUUUUGAGGCUGAUUUCUCUAAGUUGGAGUGGAAAUUGGAAAUUACUUUGUCUAGUAUCAAGAUGAGAAAGGUAAUCUUUAAUUUUGAGUCUUGAAUAGGUUAUUCGACCAUUAAUUCUUUUAAUAUUCCAUACAAAAAAAGGAGUCAAGAAGACAAUGUACUUAGAUUACAAUCAAUUCUAAGAGUUCAGAAAGAAUGUUGCCCUAGUCUUAAGACAAAUCCACAUUAUUGAGAGUAUUUAAAGUAAUUUUUGAAUU